GACACUGUCAGCGAAGUAGAGAUAUCAGCAUGUCAGGAAGAGGCAAAGGAGGCAAAGGACUCGGAAAAGGAGGCGCCAAGCGUCAUCGCAAGGUUCUCCGUGAUAACAUCCAGGGUAUUACCAAGCCCGCCAUCCGCCGCCUGGCUCGCCGAGGUGGCGUGAAGCGUAUUUCAGGCUUGAUCUACGAAGAGACACGCGGCGUGCUGAAAGUGUUCCUGGAGAACGUCAUCCGUGAUGCCGUGACCUACACCGAGCACGCUAAAAGGAAGACCGUGACCGCCAUGGACGUGGUCUACGCGUUGAAGCGCCAGGGACGUACUCUGUACGGCUUCGGCGGCUAAGUUAUCAAGCAGGCAAACCGAUAUUCAACUUAAAGGCUCUUUUAAGAGCCACCCACAUGUAACGCAUCAGAAACAAUAUUUCCAUGCACCGGGUGUUUGGUGUCCAAAUUGUGAAAUGAAUUUUAUAUGAUUAUGUAAUUUACGGGAGCAAAACACUGCGAACAAUACCGGUUGAUGUGUCCAGUUUCGUCCACCAUUUUGAGGCGCAUUUGAACGGAUCAAAUAUAAUGACAAUUGCUCUAAAAGUUUCGUUCAGUUUCUGUUUCGGUGGUCAUGGCGUAUCCGAAUCAUUUGAGCCAAUGGUAUUGUAAAGGAGUUCAUUAUUUAGGCUUCAACUGUUUUUAAAGGCAAUUUGGGCUAUGGCAUCUAUAAAUGAGUUAUUAGCCGUACAGGGCGAGAGCGUUUGACCGAGAAGUAUCAGUCUGUACUGUGCGUGACUUUAGAUAUUAGCAUCUGCUCAUCUAAUGCUUUAUUAAAACUGUUGUAGAUAACACUAGGUAUGUUCGACUUGAUGCAGCACCGGCGCUGCAUGAAGUCGAACGCACCUACCGACUCAGCCCUGGAUGUAUGGGGGUCUCGCGUGGUACUGCACCAAAACCAAGGUUCCAACGUCA